AUGGCAGCACGGCGGUCAAGGUCUCCUUCGACCCCAUCAGAGGGUGAGAUCAUCGAGUCAGGCUCAGAUACGAAGGCAACUACGUCGCAAACCUCUAUUUUUAAUGACACCAACGUUGACCGUAAGCUCAGAAACGAUGCUUUGCCCCCAAAGUCCCCUGUUUCGAGGACUUAUCGUCCUGAACGAUCAAGAUCCCGUUCGCCAUACUACAGAUCUUCCAGAGGCGAAAAGCGGAGACGAGAUGAUUACUAUGACUACGAUAGAGGCGGCCGUGUGGGCCGUGUAAAGUUUUCAAACGACACAUACGAUGACGGCUAUUAUGGUCGCGGGAGCUCUCGCCGACACAAUCAACGCUCAUACUACGACCACGACAAGAACGACGGCUAUGACAGGGAUAGCCGAGACUUGCAGUACAGUGACGAUUUUGACGGAAGGCCAGAGAAGCGACCGAGAACACGAAGCCGUUCUCCCUACCGGGAUACCAGAAAGCAGAAGCAAUAUUCUGGCGAUGAAGCUCCUAAUAGGAGCGUCACAGUAUCAGGUGGCAAGGCCAUGGGCCGUAGACAGGAGGAGAUUAAGUUGUCUACAAAACAGUCAGUGAGCGAACGGGGAAAUCCCUCAGUUAACGCUCAAACUUGGAGACAAGAGGCUGAAAAUGGAGAAUCUCAGAUGCAACAGAAUCCUUCCGAUAAUAGGCCUAAUCCAGAUUCUAACCUAUCUGUUCAAGGUACAACUGAAGACAGUGAAAUGUCGAUAGAACCAAUUGACGAAGCUACUCUGAUUGAACAGCGGCGGAAACGCCGUGAAGCUAUCAAGGCUAAGUAUCGCGACGCUCCAAAGCCUCUCAUAGUCCAGGCUUUGAAGCCUGGAAACCCGUCUGAGUCUAUGAUAAACGGUUCCGCCAAAAUUAUAUCUAAUGCUGAUGAAGCAGUUUCUUCCGCUGCCUCACCUAUGGCCACUCCUAUUGAUACUCCGGGCUCACAGUCACCCGCUAACUUCGAGGUAGCAAAGGAUGAAGACCUUGCAAAUACAGACUUACGUGACAGGAGCGGAAUGAACAAGGAAGAAGCAUGUGCUGCCGAUUAUGAUCCAACUUCUGAUAUGCGGGAGGAUAAGAAGAGACAUGACAAGCGACACUUUGGGGAUGACGUCUCCGCUACUUCUUACGAUCAAACUAAGACAGGCCAGCCAGCCACUGCUUUGGCUCAACAAGCAGAAAAUCCGAAUCCAGCAAAGGUCAAAGACAAUUUUGACAUGUUCGCUGAAGAUGACGAUGAUAUGUUUGCUGAAGAACCCCCUUUGUCAAUGACGGCAGGUGGCGGGUUCCAGCGAAGCAGUGCAAAACCUCAAGAGCUCGACAUGAGCAUGUUGGAUAAUUGGGAUGAUCCCGAAGGCUAUUAUAAUGUCAUGUUGGGUGAGUUGAUCAACGGUCGGUAUCACGUCCAGCAAAUUUUAGGCAAGGGCAUGUUCUCUUCCGUUGUACGCGCUACAGACUCGAAGACAGGAAAAUUAGUGGCAGUGAAAAUUGUUCGAAACAACGAUACCAUGCGGAAAGCUGGCAUGACGGAAAUAGAUAUCUUACAACUGCUGCAAAAUGCAGACCCUGAUGACAAGAAACACAUCAUCAGGUUUGAUAGGCAUUUUGACCAUAAGAAUCAUUUGUGUAUGGUCUUCGAGAACCUCAGCAUGAACCUUCGUGAGGUCCUCAAGAAAUUUGGUCGAGAAGUCGGUAUUAACCUACGUGCUAUCCGGGCAUAUGCCCAGCAAAUGUUCCUCGGGUUGAGCCUACUCCGCAAAUGCAAUAUCCUCCACGCAGAUAUCAAGCCCGACAACCUCCUCGUUAACGAGAAUAGAAAUAUCCUGAAGAUAUGUGACCUGGGCUCUGCCUCGUUAGCCUCAGAAAAUGAGAUCACCCCUUAUCUUGUCAGUCGAUUCUAUCGAGCCCCUGAAAUUAUACUUGGAAUACCCUAUGAUCAUAGUUUGGACAUCUGGUCAAUAGGCUGCACCCUCUUCGAGCUCUAUUCAGGGAAGAUACUCUUCACAGGGCGCAAUAAUAAUCAGAUGCUUCGGUCUAUCAUGGAAUGCCGUGGUAAAUUCCCGCCCAAGUUUCUACGACGCGGGACCCUAGCACAUCUACACUUUGAUGACCUACUCAAUUUUCGGAGCUUGGAAGAGGACAAGAUUACAGGGCGCAUGGUGACCAAGAUUCUUGACUUCAAGAAACCUACGCGAGACCUGAAGUCUCGGCUGAUUGGCAAAGGCGCAAGACUUGAUGAUGCAGAGUCUAAGGAGAUAAUGAUGUUCAUUGAUCUCCUCGACCGGUGUUUGAACCUGAACCCGGAGAAGCGCUGCACUCCUUCAGAGGCACUUCGUCAUCCAUUCAUUUCUAGGAAUAACAAAGUUUGA